AUGCCGUUGCAAGACGCAAGUAAGCCGUCUCGAAAAGCGAUCCUCGCGGCCGAGCGUAAAGCACAUGGAGCCUACGAUCCUGUUCGUCUAUCCAAGCUCUUGCCUCCCAGACUCAAGCUGGAGAAACAACCUUCAAGGCGACUCAAGCUGAUCUCAAGUUUCACUGACUACGCGCAUCUUCUCAAACGAGAAGACACCCAGCCCGGCGCAGCAACAGAUCCAAUGGGAGGUUCAGACUCCACCACUGCUGCUCCCUCCGACUCGCAAACGAACGCAACGCCGCUUCCCCCAGCUCCCGCAAAUUCUGGUGCUGUACCUGCAUCCCCACCUCCUCCUCCUGAGGAAGAUCCAGCGCCGGUAGCAGUUGCGCAAACCGACAAUGGCGAUGUACAUUCCGAUUUAUCCGGCCUAGUGGCGGCGGACACUCCGAUGCGUAACGACACCUCCCCCAGUCAGAACUACACACUAACAUCUGCAGACACCUCAUCUGGUAGCAGCAGCGAUCAAUCCGACGACGGGCUCUCGCAGAGCACUAUCGGAUUGGUAGCGGGGGGCCUAGUGACGCUGGUGUUGUUCGUGAUCGCGCUCGGUGUGUGGUUCAGAUGUUACCGUUUCAGACGAGGUGGCAAAGCAUGGAGAAAGCGUAGCAGAUCUCACCGACUCGGCUCGAUGGAUGGGUUGAGGAACGUCUCCACCGAUGGAAAGGGGAGGCAGAAGGGUGAAGGGGAAGAAGACAAGACUGGAUCGAGCGAUUUCCUGGUGAGCCAUCUCGUUGCGCCUGGUACAGCUGGGCCCUUCGAUAGGGCUGUUGCCAACAUGGUGUCGAAUCGUGAGCGGCAAUCAUCGCUGUCGAUCGCCGAUGUCGAUCGCGGGAUCAAGACGGUGCCGAGCUUCCUCGAACUCCCAUUGUCAGGUCCAGGUUUGGCGCAUCAACGAUCGCUCGACUCAAUCGCCGAAGUAGCCGAACCUCCAUCCAGCGUCUGCGCCAACUUCAACGCUGCGAAACGAGACAGCUCGCUUUCGUUCCUCGACACCACUCCGCAAAAAGUUAGCUGGUCAGACCGCUUGACUCGACCUACCACGUCUCCUGGUGAGACCGCUCGCCCUUUCGGCACUUCACCCGCGUCCACGCUUUCCUCGACACCAUCGAGCAAGAAAGGUCGACCUCAGAGCGCAAGAUCCGGAGGAGAGAUCGAAAUGACCAGACGCGGGAGUCAGCUGGUCAUCCGUCCCAAGAGUAGUGCUUCGACAUUGAGAAGACCUUUGUCGAGCGCAGGAGGCGGUCUGCGAGGCGCAUGGAGGAGGACACGGGAAGGCGAUGCGAUCUGCAUCGACACGGAUGGCAUCGGGGAUCAGAGCGAAAACGACGGUGUGUAUGAGCUCUCAUCCCCCAAACUCAACACGAGCGAAUCACGACCGCUCAGAUCUCACUUUAGCAGCAGCAGUAGCAUUUUGCAAGCUCCGCGUGACAGAGCGUCGUGCGGCACCAUAACAACGAAUCUCUCUCCAGCGGGCAGCUUCAGCUUCGAGAUCAGGGACGCGAUUCCAUUGAGCGCUCCGUUGAUGCUCGAGGGAUCUCUUCCAGCUGCUUCGCCGGCAGCAGAGGGCCAGGGGGAGGCGAGUGGGAUCCCACCGCAGUCGGACAAGAUCGAUAGCACAGAGAGCUUCGUCCGCGAUAUGGACUGGGAUCUACGGGAUGGCUACUUCACCGACGAUUCGGGUUCUGCGGGGCGAAAAGCGUCGCAGACGCCAGAAACGAAGGCACAGUGA